ACAUGCUUCACACGAUUGUAAUAAGACUGAUCGCAUUAUCAAGUUUGAAAAUAAUUAAAACUUACAAAAAUAAUUCGCGGAAAGAUAUAGCAUAAUAAAAAAAUUCUUUAUCUCUGUGUGCAUGUCGCAUUACAAGGUUGCUUGAAAGUCGCUGAACAAGAUUAUCUCGACGUAAGUAGCGUUUGCUUGCGAAACAGGUUAGUAUACUUCAAGACGUCGUGGUUUACUUCGACGAUUACUUCGUUUCUGCAACAUGAUGACUUUACGAUGGGGCAUUGCUAGUGCAGGAAAGAUUUCGCAUGAUUUUGUAACGGCACUGCAAUCUUUACCAGCUGAUGAGCAUGAUAUCAUCGCCGUUGCAGCGCGACAAUUGUCACGUGCGAAAGAUUUUGCAAAGUUGCACGAAAUUAAGACGGUUUAUGACGAUUAUGAGAAACUAGGAUUGAACAAGGACAUCGACAUCGUAUAUAUCGGAGCGAUUCACCCUCAACACUUUGACAUUGCGAUGCUUAUGCUGAAGCAUGGCAAGCAUGUCCUGUGUGAAAAGCCAUUGACGAUGAAUCUGAAACAGACUACUGAAUUGAUUAAUUACGCAAAGAGUAAAAAUCUGUUCCUAAUGGAAGCUAUAUGGAGCCGCUGUUUUCCCAUGUAUGAUACUGUUAGAAAGGAAAUCGCAUCUGGUAACAUAGGCGAUAUUCAUCAAGUGAUCGUUUCCUUCGGUUUUCAAAUGCCUGAUGUGGAUCGGAUAACCUUGAAACAGUUAGGCGGCGGAUCAAUUCUUGAUCUUGGCAUUUACUGUUUGCAAUUUGCCUGUUUGAUAUAUAAUAACGAAAUGCCGGAGAGUAUUAAGGCAGCUGGAAUUUUGAAUGAGAACGAUGUCGAUAUGUGCAUGUCGGCUACUUUGACCUACAAAGGGAAUCGCACCGCAACAAUCAUGACAAAUGCGCUGGUUGAAUUGCCAAAUGAGACGUACAUUUGUGGUACCAAAGGUAUGAUAAAAGUGCCUGAUUUUUGGUGUCCGACGAAGGUGGAAUUGCCGAGCGGCACUGUACAGGCGUCGCUACCGAAAUUAAAGCACGAGGUUAACUUCAUAAAUUCCGCCGGACUUUCCUACGAAGCUGUCGAAGCUCGUAACUGCAUUUUGAAAGGUUUGAUAGAAAGUCCAAAAGUAUCGCACGACACAUCUUUAUUGCUGGCGAAAUUGGAGGAUGAGUUGCGUAGACAAUUGGGCGUUGUGUAUCUUCAAGAUUGAAAAAUUACAUAUAUAUUUUAAAAAUAAGAUAUUCAAUAAAUAAUAUAUUCAAUUUAUAUUAUGCUGUCAUGUAUAAAUUCGGAGAUUUUUUUCUGAAUACAGCUACAAGUUGUAAUAAAAAAGUCUUUCUCUGAAGUCUUAUUUUUUUAAAUAUGUUGUUGGAAAAAAUAA